AUGAUUAUCUACACCGAUAUUAUCAGCGGCGACGAGAUCAUCUCGGACUCGUACGACCUCAAGGAGGUCGAUGGUGUCGCCUAUGAGGCCGACUGCGCUAUGAUUACCGAGGGCGCCGUCAAUGUCGACAUCGGUGCCAACGCUUCCGCCGAGGAGGGUGAGGAGGCUCUUGACGACCAGGAGGUCAAGGUCAACAACAUCAUCCACUCGUUCCGUCUCCAGUCAACACAAUUCGACAAGAAGGGCUAUCUCGCCUACCUGAAGGGCUACAUGAAGGCUGUCAAGGCCAAGCUCGUGGAGGCCGGCAAGUCCGAGGAGGAGAUUAAGCAGUUCGAGACGGGCGCCCAGGGCUUCGCCAAGAAGAUCAUCGCCAACUUCAAGGACUGGGAGUUCUACACCGGCGAGUCCAUGAACCCCGAUGCGAUGGUCGUCCUCCUCAACUACCGUGAGGAUGGUGUGACACCUUACGUCGUUGUCUGGAAGCACGGCUUGAAGGAGAUGAAGGUGUAA